GAGAAAAAAUUAUAACGAGUACCACGAUUUUCUAGACAAUAGAGCGUCUUGCGGAAUUCGCCAGCUUGGGUUGCCUGUGGUGACACUACAUCGUCCUAGGCCUAAUCAGGCGGGCCUUAUGACGCCUAGUCAUAAUGUAAUGGCAAUGCGCAACCCACAAAUCGAAACGAUUUUUCGCCGGUCAAAAUGGCAGAGGAAUGGGCCAAAAAGUGGUCAACGUUUGGGGAUAAAGUCCCUUGGCAUAUUCCUGGGCCACAUCCACUGCUAGUCAAGCAUCUAGACCGACUGACUGGGGGCAAGAAAGGCCUCAGAAUUCUAGUUCCUCUCUGUGGUAUAACGCAAGACCUCAUCUUUCUAGCAGACCAAGGUCAUAGCGUUAUUGGCAUCGAAUUUGUUCGUGCUGGAAUUGAGAUGUUCUUCAAGAAAAACGAUCUGGAAUACACUAUCGAUGCUAUAAACAUGGCGCCUUCGGGAGCGUACGUAUUCAAGGCGAAAAGCAAAGACAUCACGAUAUUUCAAUGUGACUAUCUUCACUUCCGUAAAUCUAUUGCCGGUGGCGAGAUAGACGCGGUGUGGGACAGAGCUUCCCUGAUAGCAUUUCUCGAAAACAAAUCAAACGAAGAAGAUAUCGAGAUCGGAAAACGUCCCGAUGCAGUGAGGUCUAUUGGUCCAUCUUGCUGCCCUCAGUCGCUUCUAAGGGACAUGUGUGGCGAUAAUUGGGAAGUCGAGUUGUUAGAGUCGGUGGAAAUGGACCCGGGCGAGGGGUUCCAAAACUUUAAAUUUGACUUCAGUUACACACUUAAUCUGAAUGUUCUAACUCCUAAGUAGGACAGAUUUGCCUAUGUGAUAUUGAGUGAAUCAUGAAUCCUGUAAAUAAAACAAUCGAAAUUCCCGAUCAUAUUCGGUAUAACCAUUUCCUGGUGUAAUGAUUGGCAUUUCGUGCACCAAGUGUAAAAUAUCAGGUGUAAUUAUACACGCAAACGAAACUCACAAUGCUAAACUUUGGAACACCCGUUCACUUUCUUUCUACAUUUUCCUUGUAUCUACUGGCAAGUUCUAAAUAAAUCGAGAUGUUAAGUCCCA